GUGUGCUCCUUGCUGCUCCCGGCGGUCUCCGACCCGGGCUGGACUUGGGCAAAGGGACGCGGCGGCAGCGCCUUCCGUCAUUUCUAUCCCCCGCCGCGCCUGGACGGUGCCGCAAGUAUUGACCUCUCAGGUUUUCCCCUGCCCAAACCGGCGCUGCCUUCCCAAGUCACGGCGGCCAGCUUAUCUCUUAUCCCGACGGUGCUUUCGCCGUCCUCCGGCCUCUUCCUACUCCUCCUGGCGGUCUUCCCGUGGCGCCGGCGCUUGGAAGCGCAACCCGCUCCCACCCUUUUCCCCGGCCAAGGACGGCAGUUUUCUCCCAGUUCCUUUGCACCCUCGUAUUUAUUGCCGUUGUUAUUCUCUUGUUACCAUCCGAUUCCAACAGUUUCGUCCCUUCCUAUUGUAUAUCUUGAAAAUUAUGCUCUUGUAUUUUAAUCUGCAGUCCCUCCGGGGUGGUGUGGAUGGGAGAGCCAUAGCUCUUUAGUCGUGAUUUUUCCUUUUCUGGCAAUAGUUUUGGAGAAGUAGCCGUUUGAAUGUAUUUGCGGUAAAAAGCAAGGGAUUUUGGUGGCACUAAAGACUAAAAUUGUUUAUUCGGAUAUUGGCUUCAUUACAUAGCCGUUGCUACUAGAUGACAGUGCUGUCACACACAUAAUUGGCAAAUCUAAUUUUGUUCAUGUGCCAGUAAGUGAACAUAAUUUGUAUGCUUUAUGAUUAGCUUUAAUUCUCUGUAGGCUUCUGUCUUCCUAGUAGUAGUAGAUGCCUUAAGAAUCAGAACUGCAGUGUAGUCCUUUUUGUGUGAGGGGGCUUUAUUUGGUCCAAAAAGACAUUAAUUGGAAUAUUUUGCAUUUUCUUUAUUUGCCAUUUAUAGAAAAUUGGUAGAUUUGCUCAUGUUUUAUGUAGUGUUUGUAUCUUUCCCUUAGGUGUAAGAUUUUGCUGGCCGGUAAUAGAGAUGUAGAAAGAAUAGGAAUUGUUUAGAACUGAGCAUCUUUCCUGAACCUAAUAUUUUUCAACCAUUUUGAGCAUGAUAUAGUCCCUAACAUCUUGGUUUUAAUCACAGUGAAUGGAAAUUAUGCUAGAGCAACAAUAUGUUAAAUUAUUUGCUGCCAGAUAGAAAAAUGAAGAUGUCCUAAUUGAAAUUGCUUCAGCUUUAGGUAUGUAAUAGGAGGAUGCUGAUGUUGGCUAGCAUGUUUCAGAAGAGUCUUUCUGAUGCCUAGAUUAAAGGGCUACCCAGGAGUUCAUGAGCUGGCAGAAAACUAUAGCACAAUAAAAAUGGCUUUCCUCUGUGGCCAUUCUUAUCAUGUUACAGCCAUGAUAGCAACAAAUGCUGCUGUGCUUAAUGUGAGCUUGGGGCAGAUUUAGCCAUCUGGCAGAACUUGCUGUGGUUUUGCACAGGUGUUUUGUGGAAAGGGCUUAAAGGGAGUCUGGCUAUCAGCUGAUGUCAGUUGGUAAAUGGACCCACUUUAGGCAUUUGCUUAGUGCUAUUCCAGAAGAGCACUGAACUUGUGCUCAAAAACUGAUCAGACAGUAACAGACAAAGCAUGAAGAAAGUUGCUCUUUUUCUCCUGUUUUACUGACAGUCACCACUACUGUCAGCUCAAAGAUCUGUCAGGUAUAAGAGAAGAGUCUGAUUUGAAAGUACCUGACUCUCCUGUCCGAAGUGGAAUGGAGGACAGUAUAGCCCAGGACUAUAUUUGUACUAGUCUCAAUGAGCCAGUGGGGUCAGUCUAAUCUACUGCCCCCCAAGGGAUUACCUGAGAGUACCAAUUGUAUCUUCAACAAAACCUACAGUAUGUUCGGAUAAAGAGGAAACUAUUUUAACAACAGUACAACUAAGGACAACUCAAGGUUGCUUCAAGUGUAGAAAUCAGAUAAAGGCAAUGCCAGAAAAAAGGUUUCUGGAAUAUGUUUAUGCUACAGUUAGAUGCAAAUGAAGAACAACUCAAUGUUUAUCAAAUAUUAGUAAGCAACAGUAAGGUUUCCUAAAUUGAAAGAUAACAUGCUAGUUCUCCGAGAACAAAAGUUUGUAAAUAAUAACUAACAUAAAUACUGCAUGUUUUCAUCUUUAUAUUUUAAAUGACUUCUUCCUUUUCCUGUAUCAGCUAUGAUUUUGCACUGGCAUCUGUAUUGUCUUAGUUCCAGAAAUAUCAUAGUUUGAAAUUUCUGCAUAAAUGGUAGUUAAGAGAACUUGUGCUUUUGCUUUUUUAUUUGAUAUAUCACCAUAAUUAAAUGCAUGUAAGGAAAAGAAGAAAUUGUUCUGAAAUGAAUAUGUUUCUGAUUUGCAAACAGUAGUUUGCAGUCUGCAGUGGUUUGCAGUAAUUCUUAUUUUAUUGGGUUGAAGUAUUUGAAGGCAAAAACAAUCAAUAUUUGUGGUGCAUCCUCAGAACAAAAAUUCAUCAGUGUUGGAUAAAUGUUUUGUAAUCUUUUGCUUGAGGCCUGUUUGCUUAUGUUAUUAUUCAGCUUUCCCCCUUAAUUCAUACCUUCACUAAGCAUUAUUGCUCAUAUAAAGCAAAUUAAAAUCCAUAGUAUAUAUUGAAAUUGUAAUAUGGAUUUCAUUAGUCCUGAUUGGUUUUUUGCCUGUUCAUUUGUUAUAGUAAUAUUCAUUGCUUCAAGCAAGAAAAUUUCUCAAAAUAAUGAUAAACAUUAUUGUUGGGAACAGUCGUAAUUUAUUUUAGAAUUGGUUGAGUCUUGAUGCUCCUUACAGAAAUAAUAAAUUGCAUUUAUUUUAUUUUAAUUUAGUUUAGAAUGGGCUUUCAGCUUUGGGGCAAGCUAUUCUUUAAUUGUAUAUCAGGGAAUUGUAUCAUGAUGGAGAGACUUCCUGUUGCCUAGGUUAAUAGUUAUUGCUAUAGUUGCAGCUUUCUGUACUGUUUUUUGUGAGAAGAAACAGUCAGCAGAACCACUUUAGAAAAUUUAGUAGUAGUACACAUUUUGUGCAAAAAUACCUUAAAAACUUAAAUAAAAAUCAUUUGAAUAGCUCUUGGUUAUUUUUAUGGUUAUUUUGCAGCAGCAUAAUGAAAUGAAUGAGCUAUUCCUGUUCAGAAAAAUUGCUAAUGCAUUGAAAUAACCUUUGUAUGUAUGAUUCUUUUUCAUUAAGUAUUAACAAUGAACAAAGUUUGUUUUGUAUAGGUUAUACCUGUAAACUACAUUAGGCUGCAAGUUUUUUUUCUGUAAAUUAGUGUUUUUUGAUUAAUUACAGAAUGUUUGGCACUCCAGGCCUGCAGAAACAAAGUGUGAUGAACAGCCAAGUUGGAAACAGCCAGCAAAACAGCCAAAUACAACAUGGAAGACAGGUGAAAGUUGACAUAGUUUCUAUGAAACCAUAAAUAACUUCUUGGCAUCUUAGUUGCCAUGACACCUAGCACAGGAUUAUGUGAAGAAUGUGGGAAUCCUCCCCUUAAAAAACUGCUGACAGCCAUGGAUAGUUCCAAGGUCUGCCCGUUGUUUUGACACCAUGGGAACGUGCUGCAGUAGCCCAUGCCGAGACAGGGUUCCAGAUAACCACCCUACCAAGUUUAAGGUGACAAAUGUUGAUGAUGAGGGCAAUGAGCUGGGCUCAGGGAUUAUGGAAUUGACACAGAGGGAGCUUGUUUUGCACACUCAUAAGCGCGACGCAGUUCGGUGGCCGUACCUUUGCUUGCGCCGCUAUGGCUAUGAUUCCAACCUUUUCUCCUUUGAAAGUGGACGUCGCUGCCUGACUGGACAGGGAAUUUUUGCAUUCAAGUGCUCAAGAGCUGAAGAGAUAUUUAAUUUGCUGCAGGAUCUGAUGCAGUGUAAUAGUAUCAGUGUGGUGGAGGAACCUGUUGUCAUUACAAGGAAUGCAGCUGAACUGGAACUAUCCCGGACUCCCCAGACACCCGAUAUCCCAGGCUUUCCUAAUGGGUUCCACAACUUCCCUAUGGAGCCUUCAUCUUGCCCUGCAGCUUGCCAUGCACCCAUGAAUAGUCUAAGGCAUUCUUCCAUUGGGGAGGAUGGUACACAUGCUCUUAUUAUCCCUGAUGGGCAAUCCCACACCUAUGUAAACACAGCCAGUGGUGAAGAUGAUAUAAUGGGUCACCAUUGUAUGCACUCCUUACCUGAAGUUCAUCCUGCGAUUGCUCAUUCCAACCAUAGCUGCUCCCUGGAGGACCGGAAUCCCCAGGUUUACCUUCAGCCAGGAGAAGUGAAGUUUGUUUUGGGCCCGAACCUGGGUUAUAGGCACAGGAUGAAAUGUGAUGGCUACUGUCGACCCUACUGGGAGUGCUCAAGGCAUUUCUGCACCCCUCACAACAACAACAAUGAUUACAAAGAUGAGUGCCUCGCCCCCAAGUGUGUUUAUGAAAACCUCAACAGUCUGCUGCCUUCUCGUGGAACCUUUCUUCAUCAGGGUAGCGGGCGCUUGAAAAUUCCUCGUGAGGACCUGAAUCCUGCCAGUUGCUCCCAUCGCCGGGCCACCCUACUGCACUAUGAGAACCUACCAUCAUUGCCUCCUGUGUGGGAGUGCCAGCCCCUAAGACAGGGCCAGGAUGAAGAGGACUCUGGUGAUGCAAUGACACCUUCCUCCACUGGUUAUCCAGAAAUUGAAGAAGAUGACCAUUUACGAAAUUACAUGAACUCAGAAAGGGUUGCCCUACAUGGAGGCAUGCGUAGGGGAGGUUGCUUGCAACGGCGCCGCAGUUGUACCCCGAGCGUUUUCAAUUUCGACUUCUGCCGGCCCUAUUUGGAGCAGCCCAGGCAGCUCAAUUAUAUCCAGGUAGAACUGCAAGAUGAUCCUUGUAAAGGGCGCCAAAGCAUACCAGUCCCCCAUAUCCCAUGUGCGGUUGCCCAUCCAGCCCACAGGACCAACUCCUAUGCGGUCAUUGACCAUAAAAAGACAGCAGCCAUGUCCAGCUUACAGAGGGCACUGCCUAAGGAUGAUGGGACUUCCAGGAAAACACGACAUAACAGCACUGACCUGCCUCUGUAAGAAGAACAUUCAACCCAAGCACCUCAUUGUGGCUUUUGUAUCUGCUCUUCAACAAAUCAUGUUUCAUAACUGCCAUUUCCCCAUUGUGCCCCCCUGUUACUCUGUGUGAGUCACUGGAAUAGUUCCAUCAAGCUAAUUUAGGAAACGUAGCCUAUCUGUGCCUCUUCCGAGCCUCCUAUUCCUCUACCAUGCACUUUCUGAAGCCCUGUCAUGUGCUUGAUUACUUGACGGGGUUGAUGGCAGGGUGGGUAAUGGUACAGUUGGAGUGUGAAGGCUAAGGAAACUCAGUUUAAUUUUUGAACAUACACAAAAAAUAUUUAUUUUCAAAUUUUGCAUUAAUUUAUUUUUUCAGAGAUGCUGGUAUUUGUUUGUCUGUUUAUUUAUUUAUUCAAGUUAAAGUGCCCAGUAAAUGUAACACUGAAUUGCUUUGCAAUUAAUUCUUUUCUCCAUGAGAAUCAGAAAAGCUCGGGGGGGGGGGGGGAUUGUAUCAGUUUUUAAAACAAAUACAAGGCUAGCCACCAAAAGGCAAAACAGAGGAGGAGAAUCAGACUGUCAGAGAAAGUAAUCCAUGCAAGAAUGGUUCUAAAUCCAUGUGGUUCCAGGAGUGACUCAACAUGCUGCCAAAGCUGACCUUCCCAGCUCCAAUUUCUGACUGGUGGUGUAUCUCAUAAUAUGCCUCUCUUCACCCUCAGAGUAGGAAAAACUGUGGAACUAUAAAUUUCCCUAACAAAUCUUUGGUGAAUGUUUUUAACUGUUGCUGUUUGCCUAACAAUUUGGGAUAGUCUCUAAGAAGUUAAUAUUCUGAUGUUAUGGUACUACAAUAGUUUGCUAGAAUCACAUAAAAGCUUUCCUUCCUCCAUGUUACUUUAUUGCCUCAAAUUCAACACUCUAAUAUUGUCCCAGAUAUACUUUAAUAUGUCAGUGAAAUCCGGGCCAUUAUUUGCAAAUAAUUGAUUUGUGUGUGUGUGUGGAGGGUGGAACCGGAACAUUUUGAACAACCUUAAGGACAAGCAAAGUUUUGCUUACUUGGGACUUUCACAUUUAUCUUAGGGUUAGUAAUAAACCUACAAUAGGGAGUAUACAUCUGGUGGCCAUAAUUUAUUUUGUGCAGCUUUUGGUCUUCUCAGAGAUUGCCCAUCCAGGAAUAACUCUGAUUUGUUCAAUCAGUUUAUUCUGCAAAUCUGUUCCACUGAAGCCAUUUUUAAAAUUCACUGUAUGCAAAACAAGCAUUAUAGAAUUGGGGAUUAGAGUUUAGUAGAAAGUUACCAUUUCUUUGUUUUCCUUUCCCAAUCUAUUAAGAACUGUUCUUAUCUAAUACAGUUUUUCAAAAUGCAUUUUGUUACUUAUUUAUUUUUGGAAAAUAGAGUGUUUACCUGUUUUGUUUUGAAUUUCUCUUGUAAUUCCAUCUCAAGGAGUUUUUCAAGUGAUAAGCUCAACAAAACCGAUCUAAAGUAUUCAUAAUUUGGAUAAAUAUUAAUUCUAACUUUUACAUAUGGAUUCACACCAUUAAAACCUUACCCAAAAAACAUAUUUGCAGAAGAAGGUUUAAAAACUGCUUGAAAUCAUGUUUAUUAUUGUUAAUUAUUGCUCACCAUAUAGUCAUGAAACACAUGCUUUGCAUGUAGAAUAUCCCACAUUUAAGCAGGAGUAAGAAUUUCUCAUCUGAAAUAUGAGGUAUUUCCUAUUAACAUAGAUGAUAGCGACUUAAAUGAUGAAUAUUAUGCUCCAGUGUGUCCUGUAUCUUUCAGUUUCUGUUCUACUAUUCCUCUGCAGUUCUACUGUAGACUCAUAACUAAAAGAGAGAGAAAAUACAUUAAAGGAACAAGAGAAGAAAUGGUUUCAUAGAGAAUUAAUCUUACUUCUGUUACAUAUAUUUCAUGUCACAGAGGAGUUUGUCAAUUAAUGCAUUUAGAUUUAGGACUAACUUUUAUAUGAUAACUGUAUAUACAGGAUGUGACCUGGGAAGUUUUGAAAGUGGCUGCUAUUCUAUAUGGUUUCAGUAUCACAAGCAGGUAUAAAAAUGUCAAAUUUCAGCAUUUUUUCCUCUAUUUCUUUCAUUGCAGUCUUAUGACCAUGUUCUAAAAUUCAUAGCUGUAAGGGGAAGAUAGACCGAUUUGGGUAGACAUCAAGAUUUCCUCACUGUGGCCCGUUGUCAUAUAGUUAGGAUCAUCAUGAAGGCAUUGAUUUGAUGAGUGAUUUUGUAUUCUUGCUGUAUAAAUUGGGCUAUUUCUGAUUUUAACCAGUUACUAUAAAUUCAUUUUGCUCAUUCAGCACUGCCUUUUUAAUUGUUGUGCAUAAUAGUUGUAAUUUAUUAGUAGACAUUAAAAUUAGGUGGUCUUUUAUGACCAUUGACCUUUGUGGUGUUCCAGUGUCUAAUCAAAAUCUAUUAGAAUUAAUAGAAGAAUUUCUCUGUCCCCUAUUUGUACUUUAGAUCAACUCAGUCCAAAUACAUCAUCAUCAACAUCAGAUUUUUAUUCUUCGAUUUUUAUAUAUAACUCAAGGUCCUCUAAUUUUCCUCACUACGCAUCUGUGAGGUGGAUUGGACUGAGAGGGAGUAACUGGCCCCAAACCACCCAGCUGGCAUUCAUGUCUAAGGGAAGACUAGAUUUCUAUUUUCUAGCCCAGUACCUUAACCACUACACCAGACUUGCUCUUGAGCUAUUAUGGGGAGUUUCAGUAUGCAGAAUUCAGUGUCAUCAUUUGCCUUGUCAUCAGUUUUAUUUCACAAAUCCACAUGUAGUUCAUUCUAGAACAUCAAAUGAAGGCUUCUAUAUAACUGGUGAUGAGAAAGCUGGAGUCCAGAGGACUCCAACAGCUUUAUGUCACCACUCAGUAGUGAUCACAAAGCUAGGUAGUCUAUUGAUCUAUCUUAAAUAUUCAGUUAAGAUGGGAAAAAUGGUCUUCCUUUAAGGUGUAAUGGAACUUAAAGGGUAAUUAAUUUAAAAAUGUUGAUUAGAAAGGAGGACGUGGGAUAAAAUAGGGAGCUCUCAUUCAAAUAUGUUUACUCUGAGAGAUAUUUAAUGAAAACAAAGGACUUAGAAUACUUUCCGGUUGCUAUUGUCUCAGAGUCAGCUAAAAUUACACUUUUGUACCCUGAUGCCCUAGAAGUAUGCUUUAGUUUUAAGUGCUAAGAAAUGUGUUUACCAUGGUACAAUUAAAUCAGUGCCAAAAAUAAGUGUUUUACCUAAUUGAGCCACUAUAUGGUUUCACUGUUUGACUUGGUUUAGUGUUUGGAUAUAGCCAUUUUGGUUUUUAAAUCAGGUUUAUGGCUUAGUGUACUCUAUGAAUUGAACCAGUUUCGGCUUAGUUACUAAGCCAUAUUUAAACAGUAACUUAUUGUGUUAUGUGGCUCUUUCCAUUGAAUGAGAUGAAAUGAAACAUAUGAAGCUGGUUGCCUGCUAAUGUCUUUUUGCAGUUUACAUCCAUUCCCCAUUUAAUCGCUAAAUAUGUUCAAUGCACUGUACCUUAUUUUAUUACUAUUUAUUACUGUUAUCUUUCAGAUACCUUUAAGGAACAUUUUCUAAUGUGUCAAGAAUGGUGCUUUUGCCAAGCCUUUGUGAAGGAUAGAAAAGUUCCAACUGGUAGAGAUUCUUAAUAGGCAGAUGAAAAGCAGAAAUGCAGUUGGUGUACUAACUAGCCUCUCAUAGAGUCAGACUGAUAGCCCCCAUCAACUUUCAGGGGAACAGGCUGAUUGAAUUGGUCCACUGCAAGCACCUGAUGGAUCGUUUUGGUUUCUAAUGGUGUUUGGGUAGUGACCUAACAGGCAGCUAGCUCUUUGUGGCAUUUGUUCAAAUCUGUCUAAUGGUAGUAAUAUUUUUUUUAUUAAUACUUUUGUUAAUAGUAUUUAUUCGUUUUAAUGGCUUGGGGUUUUUUGAGUAUUUUAUAAGUGUUUUAUUGUGUUUGUUGUAAGCUGCCUAGAGUUGUGAGAACAAGGCAGCAUUCUAAUAGUGGUAAAUAAAUAGAUAAAUAAUUGUUCAGCAAUCCAGAGUCUCCUUUACAGGGGUGCUUGCGCUGUUCCUUCAUCAGCUCUGCAUCCAUAUGAUCGCACCUUGACAUUACUGGGGGAAACAGAGCUGAUUAAUUCUGAGCUCAGCAGCAGGGCAGGAGGAAGUGCUGCAGAUGCUGAAACUGAAGUGAUAGAGCUGAGAGGUGGGAAAUUUUCCUUUAAUGGGAAUUCUUGGGUCAUCUGGUUCCUGAGUUUUCCAUUCUUCCUGAUUGGGUUAAGGAACUAUGGCACUACAGUGCCUUUUUAUCAGUCUUAAAAUACAUAAAGAGGCAGUUUUGUAGCUGCCAUCCUUGUAGCUGAUCUUAUUUUUGUAUGUCAACAGAAACUGUGUGAAGUUUGAGUGAGGGAGUAAGUGCAUUGUCUGGCAACAUUUUUUUUUUUGCACUCUCCCAUUGGUGCAAUUGCCAAAAUGCUGGCAGUGAAUUUCAGGACACUGAAUUCCUGGGGGUGAUGUGCACAAAAACAAUUUCUGAUAUUCUCGAUAGAAGUUUGCUCUUAUUCUCACCUGCUAUAUGUGUAGCAUUAUAUUUAACACUGCGCAAGCAGGCAAAAGUAAAAAUGACUUCUCUGGCAAUAGUUACAAGCCUCACAGAGUUGGAGAGUUGAUAAACAUGAUGCUUUCCUAUCUCUGAAUAUAAUAUGCUCAGCAAUUCAUAAAGUUAUUUAUCUGCUUUUAAUUGUGCAAUUGGAAAGAAUCUGGUGCAAUUGGAAAGAAUAAUUCAGCAAGUUCCAUAAUAAAUUGCUAUUCAAAACAACCACUACUUCCAAACUAAUUUGGAUAUUGCCCUUUUUUCCCCUCAUGAAAAUUCCAAGCCAUUAAUAACCAUCACAGUCAAAAACCUAGCACAUUUCUAAGCUUAGCUGUGCUGUUGUUGCAGUAGCUACCAGGUGUAGCUACAUAUUGAGCCUUUCUAGAGAAAAAAAUAAUAUGUGAAUUUAAAGUAGAGCCAUGUUUUAUUGCAUCUGUAACAUUUCCAUAUUAGUCAUCUUUUAGGAUCAGCACAUUAAAUAUAGUUUGCAGUCAAGGGACUGUGGUAGCCUAAUUUUCUUUAGGCUUCAGUGUCAAAAUGAGGUACUUAAUUCUCUUGGAUACUUAAAGUAAAAUAGAUCAUUAUCUAUCAUCAUAGCCCCUUUUAAAUACAUUGUCAAUGAGUAUGUGUCUAUUUACAGCUACAGUCCAUCCAGCAGCUUUUAAAGUUUAGGGCAGGCACUGUAAACUCACUGAAUGGAAUAAUGACAAUGGAAUACCUACUCAUCUCUCAAGGGCAUUAUGAAGAUUAAGGUUUGAGUAUCAUACAUGCCAAGAAACAUUAGUACUGUACUGAAUUUACUUUGCACGUCAAAUGGAAUCCCAUAUUAGUUGUGUUUAGUGUGAAAGGGCAUUACCUCUAACCCAAUUCCCCAAUUCCUUAGCGGCUCAUAAUGGUUAUCCAUAUCUUCUGAUUGGUCUCUGGGGAAUCUUGUUAUACAUAAGAUAAUAGGCUUUAUUUAUGUUUUAAUAUUUCUUUAAAAGCUUUUAUAGUUUUAAGUUCUUCCAUGAGAGUUCAUCUUUUCAAGCAUUUUGGAUUUUAUAGAAGCAGGGAACUGUUGCCUCUUUGCCUAGUGAUAGAAGAAUGUGAAUGUGCCCCCAUUUUCCCAUUAAGGGGAGGUAGGGAAGAGACAACUCUAUAUAGUAAUAUGUAACCAGCUUAUGACGAUAGUUUUAUUUUCCUGGAACUUUAAGUCCACAGAUUUAUGAAAUACUUGAAAUGUUGCAAACGGUCCUGUUCUUGAAUUAAUACUAAAAAGUAACCAAAUUGGAGCAUGGGAUUGUGAGACAACAACUUUCAGUGGGUAGAUUUCCCCCCCGCCCCGUAAUUCAUUUUGAAAAGCCUGGCUAUAGCUAGGUAGACCUCAAUGUCUUACAUUGUGCCGUUUUCUUCAUUGUUAUUUGUACUGAUGAUUUUGCUGAUUGUUUCUGUCCUGGCAGAAAAACAAGGGUAUGGGGGGAUGCUCAGUUGUUCUGGCCAUAGAAGUUGCUUUGUGAUUUUUAUUCAGUGGUUUCUGCUGUGUAUCUCUGUUAAUUCCUAUUUGUAUCUUAUCCUGUGUAGCCUUCAAAGUGAAGAGCAUUAGCAGUGCCAUGUGACUGAGGAGCACUAAUAUCUUAUGUUAAUGUGCACAACGAAUGUAUCUCAAAUAAAUUAAUUCUGAUGCUUA